GCCUCGGAAAGCUGAAUUUAUUUAUCACGGAUUUCCAUGUCCCUAUCUAACCUUUUUUUCUAUAAAAUCUACAACAACAUUCACAAGUGACUGACUGUACUUUCAGUGACUCUGAAAUUGAAAGAAAAAUAAUCAAUUUUUUUUUUUUUUUUGUGAGAUUGUUUGUAAUUUGUGUGAAUUAUGGCGACAUUGCCAUUAUCAUCAUCAUCAACUGGAAGAACAUAUAAUUGUUCUUCUUCAUAUUAUUCAUCAAUUUCUCGAGUUAUGGAAUUCAGCUUCAAAAAUGGCUGUUAUAAUUCCAGGAUUUUGUUUUCUUCUAUUAAUAAUAGAAAUAUGAUUGUGAGAGGUACAAGAAGAUGUUUUGUUGUUAAGAAUGUGUUUAGUGAUUCGAAGCCGAAAUCUCAGGAGCCGAUCAUUGAAGAAGGGACUUCAAGCAAUUUGAACCCGUUAAGAAACUUGAGCCCAGAUUCUGCUUCAAUAGCCUCAAGUAUUAAAUACCAUGCGGAGUUCACUCCUUUGUUUGCUCCCAAUGAGUUUUCCCUUUCCAAGGCUUUCUUUGCUGCUGCACAGAGUGUUAGAGAUUCACUUAUAAUCAACUGGAAUGCUACUUAUGACCUUUACGAGAAGAUGAACAUGAAGCAAGCUUAUUAUUUGUCCAUGGAGUUUCUCCAGGGCAGAGCAUUGUUGAACGCUAUUGGGAAUUUGGAACUUUCUGAUGCCUAUGAAGAUGCUUUGAAAAAGCUUGGACACAAUUUGGAAGCUGUAGCUAGUCAGGAACGUGAUGCUGCACUUGGAAAUGGGGGUCUUGGGAGGCUUGCAUCCUGCUUUCUUGACUCUCUUGCUACAUUGAAUUACCCUGCAUGGGGUUAUGGGCUAAGAUACAAGUAUGGGUUAUUCAAGCAAAUAAUUACCAAGGAUGGCCAAGAAGAAUCUGCUGAGAAUUGGCUUGAGAUUGCUAAUCCAUGGGAACUUGUGAGAAAUGAUGUAUCCUAUUCAAUAAAAUUUUAUGGAAAGGUGGCUACUGGAUCAGAUGACAGAAGUCACUGGAUUGGGGGAGAAGAUAUCAAGGCUGUUGCCCAUGAUGUUCCAAUUCCUGGGUAUCAAACUAAAACCACUAUUAAUCUUCGACUUUGGUCUACAACAGUACCAUCAGAUGAUUUUGAUUUGUCUGCUUUUAAUGCUGGGGAACACACCAAAGCAAAUGAGGCUCGUGCAAAUGCAGAAAUGAUCUGUAGUGUACUAUACCCUGGGGAUGAGUCUAUGCAAGGAAAGAUCCUUCGUCUGAAGCAACAGUACACUCUAUGUUCGGCUUCUUUGCAAGACAUUAUUUCGCAAUUUGAAAGGAGAUCAGGGGAACAUGUAAAAUGGGAAGAUUUUCCAGAGAAGGUGGCUGUGCAGAUGAAUGACACCCACCCAACGUUGUGUAUACCCGAGCUAAUGAGGAUAUUAAUAGAUGUAAAAGGACUUAGCUGGAAGGAAUCUUGGAAUAUAACCCAAAGAACUGUUGCCUAUACAAAUCAUACCGUUUUGCCGGAGGCAUUGGAGAAAUGGAGUUAUGAACUUAUGCAAACCUUGCUUCCUCGACAUGUUGAGAUCAUAGAGAAAAUAGAUAAGGAGCUUGUUGAAACUAUCGUAUCUAAUUAUGGUUCUAAUGAUCCUGAAUUACUGAUAGAAAAGUUGAACGAGUUGAGAAUACUAGAGAAUUUUGAUCUUCCUAGUUCAGUUGCCAGUUUAGUCAAGGAAAAAAUGACCUGUCAAGCUGAAGAGCAUGAAAAAAUUGAAAUCCCUAGUGAACAAGAUGGACUGGUUGUUGUAAAGGAAAGUGAGGAAGAUGUUGUGGAGAUGAAGGUAGAGGAAGAGCCAGUUCCAGAACCACCAAAAAUGGUCCGGAUGGCUAACCUUUGCGUAGUUGGGGGCCAUGCAAUAAAUGGGGUUGCUGAAAUUCAUAGCCAAAUAGUGAAGGAACAAGUUUUCCGCGACUUCUUUGAGUUGUGGCCAGAGAAAUUUCAGAAUAAAACAAAUGGGGUGACUCCAAGAAGAUGGAUCCGGUUUUGCAAUCCAGAACUAAGCAGUAUCUUAACAAAAUGGAUUGGGUCUGAAGAAUGGGUUCUUAACACUGAGAAACUUGCAGAAUUGCGAAAGUUUGCAGAUAACAAAGAUCUUCAUACUGAAUGGAUGGCAGCAAAGCGGAACAACAAACUGAAGGUUGUUUCUUUGAUUAAAGAGAGAACAGGUUACACAGUCAGCCCAGAUGCAAUGUUUGAUAUUCAGAUCAAGCGUAUUCAUGAAUACAAGCGACAACUUCUAAACAUAUUGGGAAUUGUAUACCGCUACAAAAAAAUGAAAGAAAUGAGUGCUGAGGAGAGGAAAGAAAACUUUGUUCCAAGAGUUUGUAUAUUUGGAGGAAAAGCGUUUGCCACAUAUGUGCAGGCUAAAAGAAUAGUGAAAUUUAUCACCGAUGUAGGAGCUGCAAUUAAUAAUGAUCCUGACAUUGGUGAUCUACUGAAGGUUAUAUUUGUCCCUGAUUACAACGUAAGUGUGGCUGAGCUGUUGAUCCCUGCUAGUGAGCUUUCCCAGCAUAUAAGCACUGCUGGGAUGGAGGCAAGUGGAACUAGCAAUAUGAAGUUUUCAAUGAAUGGAUGCAUAUUAAUUGGGACCCUAGAUGGUGCUAAUGUUGAGAUUAGAGAAGAAGUUGGAGAAGAUAACUUCUUCCUAUUCGGUGCUAAAGCACAUGAGAUUGCUGGAUUAAGAAAGGAAAGAGCUGAAGGCAAGUUUGUGCCGGACCCACGUUUUGAAGAAGUCAAGGAGUAUGUUGAAAGUGGUGUUUUUGGUUCAAGCAGUUAUGAUGAACUGUUAGAGUCUUUGGAGGGAAAUGAAGGAUAUGGCCGUGGUGAUUAUUUCCUCGUGGGAAAAGACUUCCCUAGUUAUAUAGAAUGCCAAGAAAAAGUUGACGAGGCAUAUAGAGAUCAACAGAGAUGGACAAGAAUGUCAAUACUAAAUACAGCUGGUUCAUUCAAGUUUAGCAGCGACCGAACAAUACAUGAAUAUGCUAAGGAUAUAUGGAAUAUUCAUCCAAUUAAAUUGCCAUGAGCUCAACUAAGAUGGCUUCUAGUUAUUAUCACCAGUUCAAUUAUUAUGCCAGUAAAUAAAUGUCUUGUUAGGCUAUCUAUAGAAUGCCACGUGCAAGGUUGACAUUGUAUUGCAUAUGUAAAAACAGGCACUCUCUUCUAAGAUGUAAAAGGAAUUUCAUGUUUUGAUUUGAUUUGAUUUGAAAUAAAUAUAUAUCGAGUGGCGAGUAGUAUAGAUAA